AAUUUAACCAACAAAAGCAUCAAAAUUAACCACAAUAGUGUCAUAUGGGAGAGCAAAAAGAACAGGCGAAGAAUGAGACCGAGAAAAAGCCCGACGGAGGAGCCAAGAAAGACGACGGACCCGUCCCUGUCGUUUUUAAAUUGGACAUGCAUUGCGAGGGAUGUGUCAAGAAGAUCAAACGAACUGUUCGCCAUUUCGACGGUGUGGAGGACGUUAAGGCCGAUAUGCCUGGUAACAAGCUAACGGUUAUUGGAAAAGUGGACCCCGCCAAGCUGCGAGAUAAACUGGCGGAGAAGAUUAAGAAGAAGGUUGAGAUUGUUUCCCCUCAGCCGAAGAAAGAAUCCAAGGCCGAAGAGAAGAAAUCCGGCGGCGAUAAACCGCCGGAGAAGAAGGCCGAAGAGAAGAAAACCGACGACAAAAAUCCCGAGGCGAAAAAACCGAAAGAUAGCACGGUGGUUUUGAAGAUCAGAUUGCACUGUGAGGGUUGUGUUCAGAAAAUUCGGAAGAUUAUCCUCAAGGCCAAAGGAGUUGAGUCGGUGAAGAUUGAAGAAGAAAAGGAUUUGGUGACGGUGAAGGGAACGAUGGAGGAGAAGGAAAUGGUACCUUAUCUGAAGGAGAAGCUGAAGAGAAACGUGGAGGUGGUCCCACCCAAGAAAGAUGGAGGAGGAGGGGUUGAAAAGAAGGAGAACAAGAAGGAGGGUGGUGGCGGAGACGGUGGCAAAAAAGAGGAGGUUGGUGCUACCAAGGUGGAAGUUAACAAAAUGGAGCAUUACGGGUACGGGUACCCACCUCCCACUUACUAUUACCACGGAUACGCACCCGGUGAAAGCAGCACCAGCAGGAGCUACGCAGUGGAGGAUGUUCAUCAAGGGCAUAAUUGGAAUCAAGGGUAUCAUUACAUGCCCCAAAACCAUGAGUAUAAUAGUUACAUGCCCCAAAACCAUGGGUAUGUAGAUGUAAACCAAGGGUACAUGGUAGAGCCACCCCCAUUCUCUAUGCAUCAUCAUCAUGCUCCUCCUCCGCAGAUGUUCAGUGACGAGAAUCCCAAUGCUUGUUCCGUGAUGUGAGCCCUCGAGUCUUUCGAGUAGUUUACAAUUAUUAUUUUGAUGUUUACGCAUGCACGCUGUAAAUAACAAUUUAUUAUUAUAUAAAUUCUAGAUUAGAGUUCUGUAUAAUAGUUAGAAAAAAUAUAGUAUAACUUUGCUAUUACCGCAUGGCUUAAUGACGUAGAGGGCGGUACGGCCGGCUGGCUGGAGAAUCCGGUUCAGAUAUAAAAAAAAAAAAUUUGAGUAGUUCUUUUUGUUUGAUCUGGUUUAUGUUUUGUGUUGUAUUAUAAAA